AUGGCAGACACAGUCAUAGACAAACUAAAGAAUGUAAAACAAUUCUUUGAAGAAAACAAAGAGGCAAUUUCCAAAGAAGAUAUGCAAACGGUAUCAUUUAUUUUGAAGAAGUUGGAGUUGAAAAGCAGAAUAGCUGCUCCCGAAGAGAAAGCCCAGUCUGAAGAGAUGAAAAAUAGAGGAAAUGAUCUUUUUAGAGAAGGAAGGCUGGACGAAUCUUUGGAAAUGUACAACAAGGCGCUCGAACACGACAUAACCAAUUACUUAGUUUACUCGAAUAGAGCCUUGGUCUUUAUGAAACUUGAUCAGAUAGAUAGGGCCAUUGAGGACUGCCUAUUGGGCAUAGAAAUUGAGCCAAAGUUCGUAAAAUUCUACAUAAGACUGGCAAUUAUAUAUACAGAGACUGAUCGAGCCAAGGCAAGUGGGUACAUUGAGAAGGGCCUUGCAUUUGAGCCUGAAAACAGUGCUCUUCUCGAAAUGAAGAGCAACCUGGUGAAGAACAGUCCGCUUGGGUCUUUUGAUACAUCAACAAUGGACUCGCUGUUGAAAAAUAAGAGUUUGCAAGACAUGGUUCAAAAUUUUGUAAAGGAUAAAUCAGCCGAUGAGCUAAAUUCAAUGAUGAGCAGCGUGCUGGGAAAGCUAGGCAAGAAAUAA